AUGGCAGAGCGGUUUGAUGCCCUGAUGUAUGAUCGCUACAGGCAGUCCAAACCUUUUGGGCAGACCCCCGGGCCACAGCCAAUGGAACUGGGGGCGGUCAUGCACAACCGGCACAACCCUGCAAGCGGCAACCGCUGGGACAGGCAGCAGCCAUCCAGCUUCUCUCCAGGCAACAGGAGACAGCCAGAUCGGCCCAAGUUGACACCAGAGCUGAGACAGCAGCUGCUGCGAGAGGGCAAGUGCUUCUACUGCCGCAAGACCGGCCACAUGGCACUGCAGUGUCCGGAGCGGCGGCAGCAGGGCAACCCAGCCCGGCGGUGA